AGCUCCCCUCAACUUCAACUUUGCCAUGGCUUCCGCUGGUCUGCAAAUCCUGGGGAUCAUCCUGACACUGCUUGGCUGGGUGAAUGCUCUGGUGUCCUGUGCCCUGCCCCUGUGGAAGGUGACCGCCUUCAUCGGCAACAGCAUCGUGGUGGCCCAGGUGGUGUGGGAGGGGCUGUGGAUGUCCUGCGUGGUGCAGAGCACAGGCCAGAUGCAGUGCAAGGUGUACGACUCCCUACUGGCGCUGCCCCAGGACCUGCAGGCCGCCCGCGCCCUCUGCGUCGUCGCCCUCCUCUUGGCCCUGCUCGGGCUGCUGGUCUACCUCGCGGGAGCCAAGUGCACCACCUGCGUGGAGGACAAGGACUCCAAAGCCCGUCUGGUGCUAGUCUCUGGGAUCAUCUUUGUCAUCUCAGGGGUCCUGGUCCUCAUCCCCAUCUGCUGGACGGCUCACGCCAUCAUCCGGGACUUCUACAACCCCCUGGUGUCGGACGCCCAAAAGCGGGAGCUGGGGGCCUCCCUCUACUUGGGCUGGGCGGCCUCCGGUCUUUUGUUGCUGGGCGGGGGGCUGCUGUGCUGUACCUGCCCCUCUGGGGGGUCCCGGGGCUCGAACCAUUAUAUGGCCCGAUACUCAGCAUCGGCCGCACAUGCCACCUCUCAGGGGGCCCCUGAGUACCCCACUAAGAAUUAUGUCUAAAUCUGUUAGGGGAGUGGAGACUCCCUCGACAGUGGAGCCUAACCCCCUGAGCUGGAGACACGGAGAUGGUAAUCCAGACAGCUUGGGGGCUGUUUUU